AUGGCGGGCACGAAUUAUAGGCUGGGCUGUUGGCCCCCCCACACUUCCGCACAGGUUCCAAGGAGAGAGCUCUCAGUGGGUUGUUGCCCAUAUCCUGGUUGCGGCUGUGUACUGGUCUCGGGUGGCGUGUCCCGCUUAAACGCGGGGGAAAAGUGUACUUCUAGCCUGCCAAAUCAGUCUCCAAAACAUUAUGGAAUUACAUCACCAAUUAGCUUGGCUUAUCCUAAGAACAUUGAUUUAAUUCAAACUCAGAGGCUGAUUGAAGCAAUGAAGCCAUUUGAUGUGUUUGAAGAUGAUAAAGAACUCAAUCACAGGUUCAUUGUUCUUGGCAAACUGAACAAUUUGGUCAAAGAAUGGAUUGCUGAACUUGGUGAAAGCAAAAACCUUCCCCCCUCAGUGCUAGAAAAUGUUGGUGGAAAGAUCUUUACAUUUGGAUCUUAUAGACUUGGAGUACACACAAAAGGUGCAGACAUAGAUACUCUUUGUGUUGCCCCCAGGCACAUUGAAAGAUCAGAUUUUUUUCAGUCUUUCUUUGACAAACUUAAACAUCAGGAAGAAAUAAAGAAUCUAAGGGCUGUUGAGGAUGCAUAUGUGCCGGUUGUCAAGUUUGAGUUUGAUGGCAUUGAGAUCGACCUGGUGUUUGCACGGUUAUCGAUGCCAACUGUUUCUGACAAUCUGGAUCUUCAAGAUGACUCAUGCCUGAGUAGCCUGGAUAUCAGAUGCAUACGAAGCUUAAAUGGCUGCCGUGUUACUGAUGAAAUUUUAAAUCUUGUGCCAAAUAAAGAGAACUUCCGGCUCACGCUCCGUGCAAUUAAACUCUGGGCAAAAAGACGUGGCAUUUAUUCCAACAUUCUGGGAUUUCUUGGUGGUGUUUCCUGGGCAAUGCUUGUGGCCAGAACAUGUCAGCUCUACCCCAAUGCUUCAGCUUCAACUCUUAUCAAUAAGUUCUUCUUGAUUUUUUCAAAAUGGGAGUGGCCAAAUCCUGUCUUGCUCAAACAACCAGAAGACAACAACCUUAAUUUGCCAGUGUGGGACCCUAGGGUGAAUCUAUCAGAUAGAUACCAUGUAAUGCCUAUCAUCACACCUGCCUAUCCACAGCAGAACUCCUCUUACAAUGUAUCUACAUCAACACGAGCGGUAAUGGUAGAGGAGUUUAAACAUGGACUUGCAGUCACCAAUGAAAUUCUUCAAGGAAAAUCCGGGUGGUCCAAGCUAUUUGAACCACUGAACUUCUUUCAAAAGUACAAGCACUACAUUGUGCUGACUGCUAGUGCCUCCACUAAAAAACAUCACUUGGAGUGGAUUGGCCUGGUUGAAUCAAAAAUUCGUGUGCUGGUUGCCAAUUUAGAAAGGAAUGAAUUUAUCACCAUUGCACAUGUGAAGCCACAGGCUUUCCCUGGCAAGCAAGAAAUCCAUAAACAGAAUGAAUGUGUGUCAAUGUGGUUCCUUGGAAUAGUAUUUAAGAAAGUGGAAAACGCAGAAAGGGUUAACAUUGAUUUAACAUCCGUUAUACAGUCAUUCACAGAUACAGUUUAUAGGCAAGCCAACAACCUCAACAUGUUAAAGGAAGACAUGAAGAUUGAGGCAGCUCAUGUGAAGAGAAAGCAUCUCCACUAUCUUUUGCCUGCAGAAACCUUACAGAAAAGAAAGAAGCAAAGCAUGCCAGAUACUAGUCAAAAUGUUAGUGGGCAUUACUGCAAAAGAACGUCUUCAGAUAAAAGCCAUUUGGACAGUUCUAGAGGCAUGGACUCCAGAACAUCAAAUAAUUCCUCUCCAUUAAAUAAGAUACCUAAACUGGACAACUCUACAGCAGAGAUGGAAAGAAGUGCUCUAUAUCAGAGAUCCAACAGUGCUAACCACAGAGAGAAGAUGCCUCCUAUUGCUAUGCCAUCAGUGUCUAUGGGACUGUCCUUUCCUGCUACUGAUACAAAAAUGGAGGCUACAGUUGCAGUACGAACAUUGGGACCUCCAGUUGUGUUUGCCAUUCCAGGGCAUAAUGUAGCUUCUCAAUUCAGAGCGCAUUCUGUCCAAGGACAGCAUGAAUUAAGUGGGACUUCAAGUACAGACCCUAGGAAGUCUGCACCUAAACGACCUUAUUCACCAACCUCUGAAGGAUGUUAUUUACCGACAUUGGAAGAAUGCCCCAAAAAAACAGUAGACAGAGAAAAGUUAACUGGACAGGAUUCAGCAUUUGGAGUUGGUGGACGUCCAGAAGAUGUUGGGUGCACAUCUACAGAAAAUGAUGUCUGUGGAGAAACCUUUAUGCAGAUUCCAGUUAUCGACUCAUCAAGAUCACAGAGGCUCUCCAGUAAAGAACUCCCAGAUUCAUCAUCUCCUGUUCCAACAAAUAGUAUUCGUAUUAUUAAAAGAUCCAUCAAACUUACCCUUAAUGGGUAA